GAUGACUGAUGAUUAUUGAGUGGACAGGACACUCAUCAUUGUCCAUCAGACAGACAUGCUCGAGCCAACCAACUUGCAAGAGAGGCAUACCCAUUAAGCGCGCACACACACACACAGACAGACGCGCGGCACCGCACAAAAACACUGCUCCCUGGUCUGUCCAUUUCAUUCAUUCACCCAUCAGACGCCCACUCCUGUUUGUAUCAGAUACAAUCAGUGCCGCCGCCCCCCACUAGUGCCAUUCAGCGCCGCGCUCUUGGCCCCCUCAGAUUUCUCACGCUCCAGCCGCUCACGCCGCAGCAGCUCGAUGCCGUUCAGCUUGGGGCCAUCCUCCUCUGACUCGUCGUCCCACCGAUGCUUCUUGACACGACCACGGUGAGAAUGCCGAGACGACCCAACGCCCUCCCUCUCCCUCUCCCUCAUCUCCUUUUUCACCCGUUUCCUCUCCUUUUUCCGCUCCUUCCUCUCCUUCUUAUCCUUCUUGUGCCGCUUCCUGUCUCUGUCGCCGGCUUCGUCGCUGUCGCUGUCGCUGUUGCUGCUGCUGUGGCGCCUCUUGCCGUGGUGGGAGGGACGGGGUGGGGGCGGGGGUAUACCAGAUGGGUGCUGGAGGGGCUGCGGGUGGCUGGGGAGGCUCUCGAGGUGUUCGACGAACCGCUUGUGCGACGGGAGGGUCUGCAGGUACCACGGGAGGGACUCGCUCUUGAGGGCAGCGAACUCGGACACAGUCUGAGCGAUGGGAUGGGACGAACAGAUGAAAAGAGACAAUCAAUCGUGAUGAUGUCACCGACGGUGGUUGGUGUCAUCACAGUUAGUUGUCUUUAUGUGCUGUGCGGGCGUACCCUACCUACCUGGUUGGUGUGUCCGACUUCCUUGAGAUACUUGUGGUGUUUGGCCUCGGCCUUCUUCAUCUCAAUCUCCUCGUCCGCAAACAAGUUGAUGUGCCCACCAGCACCACCAGCCGCCGUGCCCACAGCCUCGCCACCAUCUACGGCAUCAGCAGCAGAGGGAGCAUCAUCGUCGUACUGGAUGGCCGGUCCAGCGAUGGCGUCGUCGUCGGCUUCCUCGUCGGCGGCGUGCGAGGACCUUCCCCCUUUCAGCCUGCCUAUCUUGCGCACGAACUCCUGCUGGUUCUUGUCGCGCUUUUUCUUGCGCUCCUUCUCCCUGUGGUCAUCCUGAUCCUUGGCGACCUUAGCCCUGAUACACACGCAACAACAACAACAACAAUGAACACACGCACACGAGAAAGGGGAAUUGGAUGUGUGUGUGUGAUAUGGCCUGUAGUGUGCGGUGCGGGCGUGGCCAUCGUACUUGUUGUCGUCUCGGUAGAGGUGCCAUCGCUUCUGUGGCAAGAUGUUCAGGCCGCCGUGACCUCCCAUCGUCAGUCAGUCAGCUAUCAACCAAUAUUCAACACGCAAGGCGCGAAAAAAGGACGCUAGCAGGUUGGAAAAAAAG